GUGUAGGACACAAGAGAUAAAUGGCUGUGGAAGAUAUGUGAAAUUGUGAUUAGAAAAUCAUAAUUUUUUUACUUGUUAUUUUACUUUCGCAUAUAACAUUGACAGUUUCUCUACUUUACAUAUCAAAUCCUUCAAUUUUUGUGCUUUUAAAAUGAAGUGGUAGUAUUUUUCUGAAAUAACACUGUUAUUAAAUCAGUGUACUACAUAUGCAUCGGUGUGUAUUCGUGCGUUGGUGAUAAUUAUAUAUAAUAACUGUACAGUAUUGGCUUUAAAAUUUUUGACUUCUUAAGAAGAAAAGAAGUCCUAUGGAUAAUUCACGUUGAUUCAUAAUGGUAGCAGCUGGGGCAACGUCAUUAAUGGCAGCGAAUGAAGACAGUGCCAAAAAUCAGAUGCUAAAUCAUUCAUCGGGAUAUGAAAGUCGAAUUGCAACUUCUCAAUGUAGUAACAAACCUCAAGACCCGUCCAGUGUCGAUACUAAAGCCAAGAAAAGUACAAAGUCGCCUUCUUCCUUAAAUAUCAUAAAACACAAGAAUUCCACUGUAAAGGAAAAGGCCAAUAAUCGCAUUUGUUCCAAGAUAGAAAGCACAGAGGACUCUAAGCAAGUAACAUCGAAUAAAACAAAUGUGAUUCGUGAAACUAAAACUUCUAGAUUGCGUGCUGCAUCCAUUGUUUCUCCUAGUGUAGGCUCUGGACAAUCGUCCAGCCGAUCAAGAGAAGUAUCAGUGCCUUGGAAUUAUCAAUCAAAUACCACUUCUUCUUUUAAAGAUAGAAAUCACAUGUCUUCACAUAACGAGACUAUAAAGCAUACAACCAGGGAGAAAGAUAAGAGUCACAAGAGGAAAUCUUAUUUGAACCGAUCUUUGCACACAGAGGAAUUACAAGGUGAUCGUGGAAAUAGGAUUGAAAACAUUGCGAGAAGAUAUAGAAGGCAAGUGACUGAUCGAAAUCAGGGAACAGAAAAUAUACGUUUAGAUUCAGGAACGUGUCGGCAGUACUUUUCAAACUUGGAAAGGAGAAACUCUUUAAAGGAUUCGACUUUGAAAGUCGAUUUGCAAUCAAACACUGGAUGUUCCAAAACUCAUAGCUUUUCACAUACUGCGAGUGCCGUUGCUCCCAUUUCAAGUCAAAAACCAGUUUAUAUGCAGCGCACCAGUGGAAAUACAUUUAACGAUUCUGAAGUUUCGCGAAGGGUAGAUGCAUUAACCGCACUUACAAAGGCGACGAUGGAGCGUGUGGAGCGCCUUGCCUCAAAUUCAAGUCCCUCUGUGGCCAAGCGAUUUUCUGCAAAACCUUCUGAAAGCAAUUCAAACACCCUAGAAACAUCUCACAAAAAUUACAUUUAUAAGACAGCCGUAAAUUCCCAUGAGUUGCCAUCCUCGGCCAGCAAAUUUUCCAUUUUAAAAAAGUCGAGUGAAGAUUACCACCUAGAAAAUCCACCUAAUCGACAACAGUCACCCGUCUCCAUUUUAAAGCACAAGACUACUGAUGGAGACGGUAAAGACUUCUCGGUGGAUACUUCUCACGUAGCGUUACCAGUGACUUUUUCACCGUCUGUGAUAGAGCCUCUGCACAAGAGGCACGGAAUCUUGAAAAAACGCAGUAGUUUAGAUGAGAGCGAAAUAAUGAGGCGUCGUAGCUGUUCGCCCGAUGUUUCAUUAACGAAAAGCAAUUCUUCAGAGUCCCGACCGAUUUUGAAAACUCAAAGAAGAUCGUCUUUGGAUGAAAUUGUUAAAAGAGCUCAAAGUCCUGAUCCUUAUCCAACCUCCAUUUUGAAACGGAAGUCAUCCAGAGAGGAAGAGAAUGAAGAUCGACAACUUUCGCCAGAACGUCAGGGCAUAUUGAAAAGGAAAUUCAGCAACUAUUCAAAUAAAAAUAACGCCAGUCAGCACGUAAACAUUAGCUUAAUGUCCAGCGUUGGAAAGGAGGACAACUCAGAAGUUCGCCCGAUAUUGAAAAAGAAACACAGUAGAGAAGAAUAUUCUCUGAUUGAUCCACCACCCCAGGAACCCAGACCAAUAUUAAAAAAGAAAUCAAGCACAGAAUCAGACGAGCAUGAUGAAAAACCUAAGAAAACAAUUUUAAAAUGCUCAAGAAAGAAUUCCCAGGAGGAUCCGAAUAGUGAAUCAGAUCUGACAUCUCCGAAGAAACUUUCGGCCCUCAAGAGUCGCGCGUUACAUAGAAAAUUUGAUGUUUCGUACGAAGAGGGCGUGAAACCGAUUCUGAAGCAAACUCGGCAGCGUCUCAACUUCUGCGACAAUGUCGAAGGCGAGGGAACCGGUUAUGAGAACAGUGAGGAAACUGUUUUAAGAAAAAGAGCUCAAUCUGUUGGUCACGUGCAUACUUCAAAUUCGCAAGACGAAUUUUCUUCGAUUCUUGAUAAAAGAAAAUCGCUUGAAACGGUCUUGCUUAAUGAUGCGCGAUUCAAGGGCGGAAAGUCCUCGCCUCAUGGUGAAAAGAAAAAUUUACCAGAAUUCAAUCGUUUCAUGUCAUCGGUGGUUGGAAGAUCAAAUAGUGUCUGUGAAGAAUCGCAACGUACUACAAAGGAAAAUAGAACCAGGUACACGGUAGACGUGCCUGAAUGUAAGUCAAUUACCGAAAGUAGUCAAAGGAAAUUCUUAGCAUUUAAUUCAACUAGCCUUAAAGCUUCCGCUCAAAUGUCUGACAGUACUGAAUCAGCAAUAAACUCAGGCACUGCAAAGCAUUCUCACUCUUUUGAAACAAAAAAUGCCCCUAUGGAAGGUAGAUUUAAAGACGAGGAUGAGGAAAGCUUAAGGAUAAAGCUGAAAGACCACAAAGAUAAAAAAUGCAUUGAAGAUGAAACCGUCAAGUGCAUUAACAGCGUUUCUAAAGUUGCCAAGCAUUUUAAAGUCCUGGAAGAAAAAGCAAAGGCGAUUUCGAAGGAAGCUUCAUAUCGUCGGCCUCAAAAAAGUAAUCGGCGUUUACAAAAUUUUCGAGAGAAAAAAGAUCAGUGCUCUGAUAGAUUCGUUACUCAACCCAUUACUUACGAAGAAGUGCGUGAAGCUGUGUUUCAAAAUCAGCAGAAAAGUCAAACUGAAGAGAAACAGAGAACCGAAGAUGAGUUUGAUCCAUCCAAGUUGAGCCUAGCUGAGAGGGUGAAGCUCUUUAAUCAAAAAAUUGUAAAGAGCCCUCCGCCAAGCGUGAUUUCUCAGCGAUUUCAACGAAGGCCAGGUAAUCGAUAUCAAACACAGCCCAUUACGUCCGAAGAAGUUGAAGUUGCUAGUCGGUUAUCCGCAUUUAGUUCGAAAACUCUUCAGCAACCACCUGCAACUUUAGAUAAUGCAGACUUCCGACAAUGUAAAGACGCUCCAUUAAACAAUGAUUUGCUAAAAAGUAUAUUAAAAUGCUCGCAGAUCACCACUACUAAAAUUGAAUCUUUAGAACGGGAAGAUUUAAAACUUCUUAAGCCCGUACUUAAAAAAGAAUCUGAAGUUUCACAAGCAUCUGAAAGUGUUGAAGCUUUUCCAGCUUCGACUAUGAAUAAUAAUCAUCUACAGUCUAAGGAAGACCAAAAUGGAGGAUCUCGGUAUAUAGAUUCGGAAGGAAAAGACAAUUUCGCGAAGCAAAGUUGUUCAAAGGAUGAUAGCGGAGCUGAGAGUAACGAUUUGGGAGAGAGAAAUUCAGUGCCUUGUAUUAAAACUAGAACUACGAAGAAGAUAUCACGAUUAUCCAAGAAUCUAGAUUCCGCAGAUACACCCAGUAGUAUUCAAUCAAUCGCCGGAAGUGCUAUAUCAAGUAAUAGUACCAGGCAGCAAAGUAUGUCUGAUAAAAGAAAAAAUGUAACAGACGAUAUUCCGGUUAUCAUUCAAGCCAAGGAAACUGUGUCCGUCGCUUUGUCAAAAAGCACUAGUCAUCAUGCUUUCAUGCGUGUCACCAAUACCACUACCCACGAAAAAUUAAUUAAAAAUCUGUAUGAACCGUUGUCUGAACUUCAUCAAAGUGCGACUCAAUCGAUGCCUGAUAUUGAAGGUUCAGAUUUAUCUAACACAAGUAUUGCAGAUCGUUUGGCAGCACUUCAUCGCAGUGGCACAUCGAAUUGGAAACAACGUAUCAUUCAGGAUCCCGAUUCCACCUUAUCAAGUUUGGCAAACAAAUACUCAGUAACGACAUCGGAGUCUACUAGUAGUGUAACCAGAAGCGAAGUUUCAAAAAAGCACGGAAUUCUCGCCGAUCGAUUAGGUAAGCUCGAAUCUGCAGCGGAAAGUUGGAGGAAAAGAGUUGCUAUACCAGACGCUAUAAAAUUCUCUGUUGCUGGUAAAAUGAAAGACGAACUACCAGAAACGCUUCAAACCGCUACGUUGGCUCUAAAAGAAAUUCAGGCCUCUGAAAGAAAAAAGAAAACGCCAAAAGCUGAGCGCUUUCGUGGAAGGAAAGGAAAUGCGGAAUCUUCUUGUGCGAAGAUUAUGUUUAAUAAGGAAAAAAUGGCAACGCCUGAAAGAAGUUCUUCCGAAGCCGACAGUGAUGAUAGUCGUAUAGAAAGCGAUUUAUUCUACGGUGCAACAGCUGUAGUUUCCGUUCCACGGGCCGAUGAUGACACCUUUACUUCUUUCUUCAGUCGGAGCUCUUUGGAUAAAUCUGAAGCUGACUCUAUUGAUAUAGUUGAAUCUGAUUUCGAUGCUGUUACAUCUUCAUCAACUUUGCUCGUACAUAAACGUAUAGUGCAGACACAACGUCGUCGAGUGACCUCCAGAAAUCCAUUGAAGGCUCUAGCAGCGAGAACAGAUAUAAAGAGCGAGUACACGGAAAUCAAAACUGGCGUUGCAGAAAGAGUUAUGAGAACUAUUAACACAGAAAAAACUGCAAAAAAUUCUACUUUGGCUGUGGAGGCUUUAGCUGGACUUUCAUCCACUGAAGACUUUAGUGCUAUUACAUUAAGGAACGUAAAUAGCGAAACAGCAGAUUUUAUCAAUAAAUGGCGGCCUUAUAAGGAUCCUAUGUUAAUUUUGAUCAAAGGUAGACGAUAUGUGCAAGUUAGACUUGUAGAACCAGUCGCUGUUAGUAUCAACAGUGGUGACAAUUUCGUUUUAGUAACAAAGACUGAGAUUUAUAAUUACGUGGGAAAAUACAGCAAUGUAAUAGAAAAAGCGAGAGGACGGGAAAUUGCCUCAAGUAUCCAGCAAAAUAAAGAUCUGGGAUGUAGUGCCAGUCAGGUGAUCACAAUCAGUGAGGAAAAGCCAACAUGCACGCGAACUCAGGUUCAGAACUUUUGGAAACAUCUUGGUGUUGACAAAAAUUAUUAUGUUGCCGAAGCUGGUCACCCAGAUGAAGACGAGCUCUUCGAAUCGGCGAUAGUUGAUACGAACAUGGUCUACGAAAUCACAGACGAUGAAUUAGUACCUUUCUAUAAAUACUGGGGCUCAAUGCCAAAAAUAGAAAUGCUGAAGCCAAAUAAGAUUCUAGUUUUCGACUUCGGUAGCGAGUUGUACAUAUGGAACGGGAAAACAGUAUCUCCCAAUAAGAAAAAAAAAGCAGUGGAGUUAGCUGCAGAACUGUGGGCGGAAGGUUACGAUUAUUCAGAAUGCACUGUUUGCGCUGUUAGUGCAUCAUCUGUGAUUGGAAGACGGGAGAAAUCUGAUUUUAAAAAAAAGAAGACUACAAGACCGAGCUGGUGCCUAUUUGCGAAACUUACUCAGCACACUGAAACUGUUUUGUUUCGAGAGAAGUUUGUAGAUUGGCCAAAGGCGGCGGGAAUAAUAAGGAUUAAGGAAAUUAAUGGAAAGGAACUAACAGAUGGAUCGAUCGUGAUAGAAGCCUCUGAUGUAAGAUUGAUGGCAGAAGAAAAUACAUCGCCUGUCGAUUUAAUUUUAGAGGGAAGUCACCUUGGACGAGGCACCGGCUGGUACGACGAAGAGACUUUAAGACAGUAUAUUGUCAGUACAAUUAACGUGACUGUAUGGCAUAUCGAUGAAUUUUCAUAUACGCUUUUAGACGAAUCAUCUGUAGGACAAUUUUAUUCUGGAGACAGUUACAUUGUGCGAUGGAUGUACACCGUCACAGUAACGGGUCGAGAGUUAAAUGGACAGCCAUCUAAGCACGCCGCAAAAGGCAGAGACCGUACUGCGUACUUUAUUUGGCAAGGAAAAAAUUCAUCUUUGAACGAACAAGGUGCCGCUGCUUUGCUUACUGUUGAAUUAGAUCGCGAAGAAGGACCUCAGAUGCGAGUGGUUGAAGGCUUUGAACCAGCUGCAUUUUUGAACCUCUUCUCUGGGAAGAUGAUUGUUAAUUCUGGAAAGAAAUUUGAAAGAUCUAUAAAAUCUAGGCUAUAUAUCCCUCGAGGAACCCUUCAAUCAGAAACUUCACUAACCGAAGUACCCUGCUCAACUCGACAACUUAGAAGUCGAGGUUCUCUUGUAUUAUUAAAUUCAAAAGAGAAGAAGGCGUAUGUGUGGCACGGAUGCUACUCAGUUUCACAUAUUAAAAAAAACACACUACAUGCAGCACGUAAUUUGAUAGAAACCCAAGAAAAAGUAUCGGGAUUUCCGUCAGGCGAUUUUACAGUAAACGAAAUUGUUGAAGGGAAAGAACCUGAUGAAUUUUGGGACGGUUUAUGUUUAGGUCUGGGUGGUUCUAAUAGAAAAUUAUACAACCAGCUACAAAGCAAGAAAGACAUGAAUUAUACCUUAAGGCUUUUUCACUUGACGAGCAUUUCUAAAGAACUUAAGGCAACGAAACUGCUAUGUCCUCAUCGCGACGAGCUUUCAACUCCCUUUCCUUUCUUACAAGAAGAGUUGUACCAAGUGAAUCAGCCAGCAUUAUUUUUGCUGGAUAAUAACGACGAAAUAUGGGUUUGGCAAGGUUGGUGGCCUGACAUUGGCGACGAAGAUCAAACUGGAAGCGGUUUAAUUCGUUGGCAAGCAGAGAGGAAAACCGCUAUGGCAAUGGCCUUGCAAUACUGGAAGCUUAAAAAUCCAGAUAGCAAGAAAUUGCCAAUCUAUUUAGUUUGGGCUGGACUCGAACCACUGCAAUUUACGAAUCUUUUUCCGACUUGGAUGUACAGAGAUGAAAUAGCCGAAUUGAACAUCCGAGAUGGUCGUAAGGCUGGAGAAUUUCUUCGAGUAGAAAAUGAGCUGGUUCGGUUAACGAAAAGCACAUACCCAUUGGCUCAUUUGUUGCAACGACCGCUACCAGAAGGCGUCGAUCCUACUCGACUAGAAAAUUACUUGUCACCAGAGCAUUUUCAAGAGCUGCUGGGAAUGAACAGAGAAGCGUUUCAAGAUCUUCCAGCCUGGAAGCAAGUAAACUUGAAAAAAUCAAUAGGACUUUUUUGAUAAUAAGAGAAAUGAACGCUAAGUGCGAAAUUAGGUUCAGCAUUUAUAACUCUUGACUAGAUUUUCCACGAAGUUUGUGAAUUCAAAAGUUUAACUUGUACAUGCCUGAAUCGUGCUUAGAGUCGCCUGAAGUUGCCCACUGACUGAAAGAUUGAUUAAAUUAAUCACUGAAAGGAAAGCUUCGGCUUAAAAAUGUAUAGUUGAAUAAAUUAAAUCAUAUUUCUUUUAACCCAUUUGAUUAAAUAUGAUAGUCAAAAUUAAACGUAAUUUUAAAAACCUCUAUUUUUAAUACUUGCAAAAUACAGAUCGAAUAAUGCAUAAAAAUGUAUUUCGUUUAUAUUUAUACGGACUUUCUACUUGUCGAUAAUAAUAUGCGCAUUUUAGAACUGCCUACCGCAAACCAUAUUUGUACAAGAAUUACUAUUAUGACGAUAUAUAUCUUAUGUAUGUUUCGCGUUUUUAACGCAUUCGCUAUAGAAUUGGAUGAAAGUGAUGUGUGAAAGGAUUUGUAGAUUUUCUGCAGCGAAUGUGGACAUUAUUCUCAACAGAACCGUUUAAAUUGUUGUUUUUAUUCUUUCUGUUAUCGCAAUUUGUAAAUCAAUGUAUUUGAUCGUCCCUAAUUUCGAAGACAUUUGGAUUUGAUGUUGUUGAAUAAAUUAUUUUUGUUUUAAAAA